AUGGUUCGUUUCCCUUGGCCAAAAUUUUCUUUGAAGAAAAUGAAAUUAAAUGGUACUACACCUUUAAUAGGUAGCCUUAGCUUACUUUUAGGUGGUUCAGGUUUAGUAUUAUCAAAUAGUAUGUAUAAUGUUGAGGCUGGUCAUAGAGCUAUAAUCUUUUCUAGGAUAAAUGGAGUUCAAGAUAAAGUAUACUGUGAAGGUACUCACUUUUUAAUUCCGUGGUUUGAGAGACCAAUUAUAUAUGAUAUAAGAGCAAAGCCUAGGGUAUUAGUUUCAUUAACAGGUAGCAAAGAUUUACAGAUGGUCAGUAUUUCAUGCCGUGUUUUAUCUCGACCAAAAAGUGACAAACUUCCAGAGAUUUAUCGUACUCUAGGACAAGACUAUGAUGAGAGAAUUCUUCCAUCUAUUAUUAAUGAAGUUUUGAAGUCUGUUGUAGCUCAGUAUAAUGCCUCACAACUGCUUACACAACGUGAGAUAGUUACUAGAAGAAUACGAGAUUUGCUAACAAAACGAGCGCAAGAGUUUAAUUUGAUUCUUGAUGAUGUUUCAUUAACACAUUUAAAUUUUUCGCCUGAAUAUGAGAAAGCUGUUGAAUCUAAGCAAGUGGCACAGCAACAGGCCGAGAGAGCUAAAUAUAUUGUAUUAAAAGCUCAAGAAGAAAAGAAAAGUGUAAUAAUUAGGGCUGAAGGUGAGCAAACUGCUGCUAAACUUAUUGGUGAAGCUAUUAAGAAUAAUCCUGGCUUUAUCUCCUUGAGACAAGUUGAAGUAGCUAAGGAUAUUGCUCAAAUAAUUGCUAAAUCUAAUGCCAAAUCCUUAAUAAAUCUGGAAUCACUGCUUCCAGAUACAUUUAUGACUCAAGAUAUGACAAAUUAA